UUACUUUUGACUCUGAUGGUCUGUGCUACUUCAGUGCUCUGGUCUGGACUGCAUGGAAACGUUGGCCUGCUUUUAUCGAGCCCACCACGUCCGAAUCUCUCCACAACUGCAUGUGCCUACCCGCGCAUGGCGGCAUGCUUCAUGCUUUCCGUCCAUGCAAAUUCUUCCCACGCCUUCAAGUUGCAUUUGCAUCGUCGCAGCUCGAUCUGCUUAUCUGCUCUUGCUGAAACCCAGUCUAGUUUCGAAUCAGCAAGUGUUAGCCGGCUGUUGAAAGAGUGUGGAUUCGACCCAUCGAGGUUCGAGAUGGCCGACAGGGUCAAGGAUUCGUAUUACCGCGCGCAUCAAAAUUUGCCGCUGGAAUGGCGUCAGGUGCUGGGUUUGGUGAUCUUUUUGGUUGCGGCAGCGACGGUGACUACUGUUGCAUUUGUCACGCUUGCUGGCUCCGCCUUCGCCUCCGUGAUGGCAUUACCAAUUCUCCUCUUGUUCAGCCCAGUUCUCAUCCCGCUUGGGAUUGGAGCCUUGUUCGUCAUCGCUGUUGCGCUGGGCUUAGGCGGAUUCGCCUCCUCUCUCGUUUGGGUGUACAAGUAUUUCAAGGGCGCUCAUCCCGUUGGCUCCGACCAGGUUGGUGCCGCACGUUUCAAGCUGAACGAAGGAGCGGGGUUAGUGAAGAAGAAGGCGACGGAGUAUGGCCAAGAGGCAAAAUCCCGUGUCCAGGCUGGUACUAGCCUUGCUUCCGAUAUUAUUAAGCAGACUGACACCAAUAUUCCCAAUCCAGCACCGUAGGUUGAUAAUCCACCCAGGUUUCUAUUCAUAAAGUAGAAGGAUUACACUCCAAAUGUCCAAGUUUCACGCACUAGCUAAUCAAUUUCGAGCAGUUUUUCUAGCUGCACAAAACGGUACUCGUAGGAGAGAGGGACUGGCCUUGGUCCGACAUGCCGGGUGCACCACUCGGCGACUUGUUGCAUGUCAUCCUUUUAGGUUUCCAUCAAAAUCUGUUUCCAAAUCUUAAAAGUAGACGUCUACAUGGAAAACAUUUCACAGUUGGGGAGUUUUUGGACUUGGAUGUUAUAGACCCAAAUGGAAUAAACUUUUAUGCAUGACAGCGGGAGUGAGCACUACGCGCCGCUGUGAAGUGCUGCACAAAGUAAAGACCUCUUUAAAUACCGAA